AUGAACAUCCUUAUAUUCCUACUAUGUGCAUUCGGAGCAUUGGCUAGUGUCAGUUCUGAUGGUGCAUUCAUGCUUCAGUCAUAUUUAAUGUCAGACUUGACUCUUGACAAUCACGAAGCUUGCAGGCUCAUCAGUAAAGACACUUCUGGUACUGCAACAAUGCAUCUCUACAUUGAUAAAAUCGAUUCUACUUCUGAGAUUGAAAAGAUAAAGAUCCCCAUCUUGAUAAUGCGUGCUUCAGAUACAGACAACUUCACUUUGGAUUACGUAUUUGAAGGAGAAAAACCGCCAUAUGAAAAGCUCAUUGAUGAUAAGACUACCACUUUCAAACUCGAAACCAAGAAAGAUGCGCCUAAGAUUGACCAAUCUCGUCUCCUCAAUGACUAUAUGGUGGCAGACCCAAGAGAUGGUAAAGCUCAUGAACAUGUCGACAUAAUAUUUGAUGUUCCCGAAUCAGGAAUCUACUGUGCCCUCAUUGCCGUUCCAGAAAAUAGCGGACUUUCCAAUUUGAAGGUUGUUAUCAAUUCUGUGAACUCCCAUGGAUUGUUGGACUUUGCUGGUUGGGUUGUCUACAAGCAGUUGAUCUAUGGUAUUUUGGUGGGUCUGGCUCUCGUGGCAUACUUGAUAUACUAUAUUCUUCGGUUUAAAGUGGGAAGCAACUUUCAGAACUUGAACUCGGUAUCCUUAAUCUCAAAAGGAAUCAUUUUUCGGGUGUUGAUUCCACUCCAAGUAUUGUUGAUUGUCCGGUGGUUCUUCUUCUUUGUGAGUAAUCACUAUUCUCCAUCGGAGCACAAACUUCUUGCAUUUUUCGAUGGCUUAUUAUUAUGGGCUGAUGCAUGUUUUAAUAUCUAUAUUAACUUUUGCAUUUUAUUAUUUGCCAUGGGCUAUGGUGUGAUAUACAGCAUUGGAAAGGGCUCAAGCAGCUAUAACAAGAUCCCAUAUAGCUCAUGGAGGUUAGCCAAGGUGUUGUUCGUUGGUAAUUUGGUGGCUCUCACAUUGAAUUUCGUAUUCCGUGCCUCCGGAAUCAUACAGUAUGACAAGGUACAAUUUGCUGAGCUUGCAAUGGGACCUAUGGAGGGUGGUUCUUUCAAGCUCAUUCCUGAGAUUUUGCUGCUUCUUAAUGGAGUAUUUCCAAUAGUAUGGCUCAUAGUAUCUUUGAGCCACUAUUUCAAAACCCAAAAACUAAUUGCUAACUUUCCCGGCAAUGGAAAUGAUGUCGGAGAGCGUGAGAUCGCCUCUUCGAAAACAUCCAAAUGUUUUAAGAUGUCCAUCUUGGUUAUAUUUGUCAUGCCUAUAUUUGUGUUCACUAUGACUUCCAUUGUGUUAGUGGUGGGACUUUUACGAAAGUCAAGUUUGAAUUUCUCCUUUGGACAAGAUGGUAGGAUAGAAAAUUCAGGUGAACUCGUUCGUCUAAUGGAGUAUGCAGCGCUUGAUUCCAAAAUCUACAAGUCUAUGGUCUGGUCGCUUUUGCUUGAGGUUUACGGAUCGGUAGCUUUGCUAUACUUCAUCUGGAUCAAGAACAACAAUGGGCUAGUAACCAAAGAAACGGUUGUCGAUGAGUAUGAAGUUGACUCCGAGUAG